AUGCCGAGAUACUUGAAGUCAAACAAUCGUGCAUGUUUUCCGCAACUCACGGAUGUUUUACCUGUAUGCAACCCAUGCGAUGGAAUUGGUUAUAAAGCCCCAUUUCGGAAGGAAAUACCCUUCAAGCUCACCUUCAUUGUGCAAUGGUAUAUUGAGAAAUUGGAACUGGAAAAGAAAUUUUUGUUGUCGUACUAUGAUUUUGAUGGGACUAUUGAGUUGAAAGAUUUGGACAAUCAGAGACCAUUCUUGCGAAGAAUGAGGUUGGACACGGUGAAAGUAGGCGAGCUUUUCUUGGGGAAUAAACUGCUCAUCCUUAGUCGUCAACUUGUAGUUUUGGAUUAUGGAGAUGGUCUGACGAAAGAAUAUUGUGAACCUAAAUGCGAAAGAGCUUUUAUCAUGGUGCGUCCUGAAGCGAUGGAUAAUCUUCCAUGUAUUAUCUCCCGAUUGGAAAAAUGUUUUAGAAUUUUGCGUGGAAAGAUAUUUACAAUUCCGCAAAACAUGGCCUACGAGCUGUCAAGCGAAUUCACUGGAGAAGAGAAUUUUUUAGAGUCCGUAAGAAGCUUAGAUGGCAAAAAUGUCGCCGUUUUCCUUCUCAUGGCGGAGAACGCGUUGGAGAAAAUGAAAAAUUUGGUUGGUUCUGACAAGAAUCCAAAAGAAGCAAUGUUAAAAAAUCAUCAAUCGUUGAGAUCACUGUUUGGAAUGGAUGAGCUUCGAAAUGGAUUUUUCUUUUCUGAGAGUCCUGGCUGCGUUUUAAAGCAAGCAAGCCAAUUUUUCUCGGACUGUCCCACUUGCGUGAUCCCAAGUUUCUUUUUGAUGAAUGGUCAAACAACUUGCUGUGUUAUUAAGCCCCACAUUAUGCGAGAAGGACGGGCUGGGGUCGUGUUGACAGACGUCGUUGCAUGUGGUUUCAAAAUCAUAUCCUUGGGCGUGUUUUGGCUCAACAGGAGACAAGCUGAGGAGUUUUACGAGAUUUACCAGCGGAUAUACAUCGAAGCGGAGUUCAUGGCGAUGGUAGAUGAGCUUGGAGUUGGACCAUGCAUGGUCGUCGAGCUGAGUCACACUAAUGCCUCCAGCGACUGCAAUGCUGUCGAAGCGUUUCGCCAUUUUUGCGGUCCUGCAGACUCGGACUUGGCAAGAAAAGUGAAACCCCAGACGCUUCGAGCUCGACACGGGCUGAACAAAAUUCAGAACGCUAUCCAUUGUACUGAACUGCCAGAGGAUGCUUAUUACGAGUUGGAAUACUUUUUCAAAAUACUUGACCACAAAUGUAACGGGGUCAAAAGUGUGACAGGGGUCGUCCCACUCAUGGCGACUCAAUAAUUCAAACAAUGUCUAUUUUUCACUGCUAAUGACGAUUGUAUCUGUGUAAUAUUCAUUAGAAAAUGGCAAUUAAAAAUACAUUUUUAACGCACGCCGAGACUAUAAUUGAUAUUUAUAGUACAAGCAGUAAUUUUUCUUGCAAAUAAAUGUCAAAAUGGGAGGGAAGUUGAGACUGAAAUUUAGUCUCAAAUUGGUACCCACACA